CCGGCUAAUUUUGUUUACAUAUUUUUUUUGCAUACGUUAGAAAAUCUGUCCAGCUAGUUAUCCAAUUUUUAUAUGAAUAACAUCGUUACAAUACGUUCUACAAAAUGAGUGGAGAAAACUACCGUAGUGCUACAAAAUCACACGACCCCGGAUGGAACGAUCCCCCUAAACUCGAUUACAAUACAACCGGAGUAAGUCCCGGACAAUCUAGCAAGCUAAGUCUAAACAAACGUGUAGCAUUCCCUGCACUAAGCGCUACAGAUCCUGCACAACCUACAGGCUCUCUAACUGGAAACUUGCUUCCACGAUUCGUUCCUGGUGAUUCUAAACCACCGAGUGCACCGGUUAGUCCUGCUACCCAACUGUUAUCGCUUUCGACUCCUCCGAAAUCUACGCCAAAGCAGAAUCUAGAGAUUAAACUAGACCAGGACGUGACGAUUUAUCCGGAAAAUGCGGCGAUGUUAAAAAUAUUUACAGAUGCACUGGAACAGCUCCUGCUUAAACUAGAUAGUUCCAAACAGGUGGAAAUUCGGAAACGAUGUGCACUAAUUGAGCGAGAUUGGAACGGAGGCAAAUUAGGUGACGGUUUAACAAAGAAGUUGUACCGAUUAGCUCAAGCAUUGACUGAUGGGAAAGCAAUCGAAGCCAACGAGAUUCAUCGGUCGAUAGUUGUGGGCCACGGAAGCGACUGUGUUCAAUGGGCUCCGGCGUUGAGACAACUUGUGCUGGCUGUUCCGAGGGAAGAAACUUCCUCGUGUGACGAUGACGGUAAAGUGGAGUUUGUUAUGAAUCCUAUUUCUAGUGCUUGAAGCAAAUUAUUUGCACCAUCAUUUAGCGAUCAUGUUUCAUAUUGCUUGUACUCGGGAUUUGUGUUAUUAUCUAUAGAAAAAAUAAAGUAUGCAAUAUUUUACACAGAAA